AUGCCCCCUUUAAUGCUUGUUUGUAUUACAAUUGCUUUGCAUUUUUUUCCAGAAUCUGGUGGCUUAUGUUCUGAUGACAACACAACUAAUAUAGCUCCAAUUUUCUUGGUUACAUUUGGCUCUGGUUCAGCUACAUUUUCUUCAGCAACGCCUGCUAAUUUUAGUUUCACAACAACUUAUCAACAAGCGUUCACAAUUCCAAUAGAGGAUGGCUAUUUUGCUUUUACGAAUGCGAUUCCUAAUGUUAACACUGUUUGGCAUACAGGAGCCCUAGAUCAUACACCUAAUGACAUCGAUGGAUACAUGUUUCUGGCCAAUGCAGAUCCUAAUCCUGGCCAAUUUUAUAGGGGAACAGUCAAUAAUUUGUGUAUUGGUGAAAGGUAUGAAUUUUCAGCCUACUUAACUAAUCUUGUCGGACCAUUUGGUCUUGCUAAACCGAGCGUUAUAUUUCAAAUUCGAACAUCAACAUCUGACAACACUUUAAUUGGUCAGCUAGAUACAGGCGAAAUACCCGAAUAUAGCACGAUGACUUGGACGAAGUUGGCUUUAAUGAUACAAAAUUAUUCGAUUCAACAUCGAACAAUAAAAUAA